AUGAGUCUCACAGCCAAGGACAAAAAGAUCGUGACAGCCUUUUUUGGAAAGGUGUCUGGCAAAGCAGAGGAUAUCGGAAAUGAGGCUCUUUCUAGGACCCUGGUGGUGUACCCCCAGACCAAGACGUACUUCUCCCACUGGACGGACCUGAGCCCCGGCUCUGCUCCCGUCAAGAAGCACGGUCUGACCGUCAUGGGAGGCGUCCUGGAUGCCGUGACCAAGAUUGACGACCUGACCGGUGGUCUUCUGACCCUCAGCGAGCUGCACGCCUUCACCCUGCGUGUGGAUCCCGCCAACUUCAAGAUCAUCAACCACAAUAUUCUGGUGGUGCUCGCCAUGAUGUUCCCUGCUGACUUUACCCCGGAGGUACACGUGUCUGUGGACAAGUUCCUCGCCAAGUUGGCCCUGGCGCUUUCCGAGAAGUAUCGUUAA